UGCAGCACCAAUACCCCAUAAGUACCAGCGCCGAACAGAGGAGGCCAUUUUUCUUACCAAGGACACGUGUUUUAGAAAGCGUGGAAAGGCUGCUCAGAGGAAAACAUGGACUCCUUUACCACCCCCGUUAGAACUUCAGACUUUGUUUUACCCCCGAGAGUCUUUGACCGUCCACGGAGAAAACGUUACAUCAGUGACAGUUCUGAGGAGGAGGUUGUGACCACGGGGAGCCCUUUGGCCCAGCCGUUGUUGGAUACGCCGGAAUCCGACCCCGAAACUCUUGUGAGACAUCCCAAAGAGCCUGAUGGCCUCUCUUUGUCCAACCCCUCAGAUCGCCACUUGGGAGAGUCACCGGUGGACAAGGCAAAUGGAAAAGAUGGCUCUCAGCAGCUCAAUGAUGCCUUUCUAGAGGACCCAGAGCCCCUGGACAGCAUUGUAUCAAGCAGCGAAGAUGAACCGGGCCCACCAUGUUUUUGCUCAACACCAGUACAAAUUGUUGAAGAGGGCUCCGAGGAUGAUGGGUUUGAAGAGUUUAGGAGGAGGCUAGGCAUAGAACUGUCCGAGCCAGUGCCACGUCGUGAGCGUAAAAAAGUUAUGCGGAUUAUUGUACGUGUUGCUGUUUAUGCUGUCCUUAAACACUGCCUUAGGGAAAAGCUUUUUGAAGAUUGUGAGGGCUGUGUCAUAGAUGCGCCAGCCCAACGGCACCAUGACUGUGUGACUUGGACUUCAGUGGAUAUAAACUGCAAGCUCCGGGCCCUGUGUGCUGAGCUGUGUUUGGAAAGCUUACUAAACACUGUUAUUGCCAUAGGUUAUGCUAUGCAAUGUCUGUGCCUAACCCAAGAACAUUUAGCACAAGGGGUGACUUUGAUAAAUGCUGUGCAAUUCAGUGGAGACCCUGACCGUGUUUUAAAGAAAAUGACCAAGCCGGAAGAUGCCUGCUUACAACGUUAUAUUGACCGUCUAGUUCGCACAAGAAGUUACAGAACCCUGCUUAAGAAAAAGACUAUUUGUAAGAAAUCUAAAAGGAUUAAGUUAGAGAAUGGUGAGGGUGCAAACAUGCGAUAUAAAACUUGGCAGCUGUAAAUUAAAAAAAAAGGGGGCGGGGGGCUUUUGUGACUAUCUGUGUUUUGUUAGAAGGCUUUUGGCCCUUAAGUUUUAAUGAAGCAUCUUUGUUUGUUUUUAAGGAGUUGUAUGUCUUUUUAAAAUAAAUAAAUAGUUUUUGUGAGAAUUAGUUUUUGUGUGUGUGUGUGUGUGUGUGUGUGUGUGUGUGUGUGUAAAAGACAUUCAUUUGUAGCAAAAAGCUGAAAUGCAUGUUGUGGGAGGGAAAAAAUCCUAAAAACCAAACAAACAGGAUAGUUCAGACAUGUUUGAGUAUAAUACAGUUGUUAUGGAGAGCUGCUUUUACCAGCAGGACCAAAUAUUGUUUUUUUUUUCAUCCCAUGUCCCUAAGUGGCUCUCUCAGGGAUUGAACUCCCAACCUUGGGUUUACCAAACAAUUACUUAAGCCACUGAGCUAUCCUGCUUGUUGAAAUAAAUAGGUUUAAGCACACACCCCACCCUCACUGAAUAGCCAGAAUGUUUGCAAUUACUUACCUUUGUUCCUAUAGGGUUACAAUUGAUUGGUGAGUUGGAUGGUGAGUUCUGAUUAAUAUGAAAUGCUAUUGGACAGUUUAAAUGUAACCCCCUGGGGUAAAGGUGAAGCACUAUUGGGCAGUUUAAAAGACCCAGGAGUUGGUGGAAUGC